AACAUGGACAUAUUAUCUCUUGUCCUGCUCUUGCUUUCAGCCCAGUGGUCCUGCGCUCAGGAAGACCCUCUUCUGCCUUUCUCUGAACACCUGGACCCCGAGCACAAUGUGAGGCUGAAGUGGGGCUUUGAUGAGAUCCAGGGCACCAUCUUGUUCGAGCUCACUGUCAACACCAGCGGCUGGGUCAGUUUUGGCUUCAGCCCCAAUGGAGGAAUGACUGGAGCCGAUAUCGUCAUUGGAGGAGUUGGAUCGAAAGGCAGUUACUUCACGGACCGUCAUGCUGAGGGGAAUUCAAUACCAGUGGUUGACCAGCAACAGGACUACAAACUCCUGUCUCUAAUCGAGUCCAACGGGAAAACAGUCAUGAAGUUUCAGAGGUCCAUUGAGUCUUGUGAUGAAAAUGAUUUACCCAUCACUAAUCUUCCCAUGAAGCUGAUCUAUGCAUACGGACAGAGUGAUGACAUCACAUACCAUAAAAACCGAAGGGGAACGAAGGAGGUGAACCUGUUGAAGUACAUGCCUCGUGUCAACCCUCCAAACAGCAAUUAUUUCGACGUGACUAUGGUCAAUUUCACUGUACCAACCAACCAAACCUACUAUCACUGCAAGGUCAUGAGAGCCCCGACUUUUGAUCGUAAACAACACAUUUAUCGUAUUGAGCCGUUUAUCACAAACAUUGACCUCGUGCAUCAUCUGCUGCUGUACCGCUGCCCGCCGAAUGUGACGCAGCCGUUUGAAGCGGAAUGUUACACAGGCAAAGGGGAAGAGUGUAUGGAGACCGUUGCUGUGUGGGGAGUUGGCGGAGGGGCUUUUGAACUCCCUGAGAUGGCAGGACUUCCAAUUGGAGGAAAUGUUGGUGAUUUUUUCUACAGGCUUGAAGUGCAUUACAACAACCCAAAUAAAAAUGCAGGUCGAGUUGAUAACUCAGGUCUGCGAUUCUACUACACAUCUGAACUCCGUCAGCAUGAUGCAGCUAUUCUGAUGACAGGGCUUGCCGUGUACCCUGGGUACGCCAUCCCACCCAACGCCAAAUCCUUCCUCACAUAUGGCCUGUGUGACACUGCUAAUAUUCCAAAGGUUCUGGAGACGCCACAUGAUCUUCAGGUGUUCUCUGUGAUGAUGCACACACACUUGGCUGGACGGAAGGUGCGAGUCGGACACUUUAGAGGAGGAAAACAGAUCGAUCUUCUAGCUGUGGAUGAAAACUAUGAUUUUGAAUAUCAGGAAGUGACAAACUUGGGCAAAACUAAGACAGUGCAGUUGGGUGACCAAUUGCUGGUGGAGUGCACAUAUAACACUGAAAACCGCAACACACCCACAUGGGGGGGGUUCUCAACUUCAGAUGAGAUGUGUUUGGCCUUCCUCUUCUACUAUCCAGCUAUGAAUCUGAGCAGUUGUUGGAGCUUCCCUGAUAUAGAGUCUUUAAGUUCUGCAAUGGGAGCAACAGAUAUAAUUACCUGGAUCUAUAUGAUGUACUUUAAGACUUGGAAUGACGCAGCUAUCAAUCAGUACCAACAAACACUGAAGACAAUCGAUCAGCUCGCCAUAGUCGUUGACUCGUUUAACAACUGGUCAUACAAAACAAGGACGAUUCCUGAUCUCAAAGUCAUCCCACCUGCACCCUGCAUGAGCGGUUGUGCCAUCAAAAGUGUUGCUUUGAUAUCGCUGCUGCUCUGUUUGGCAGUGCAGUGGGCUUCCUCAUGAAAUGUUCAUGCAAAAUACUAAACCUGAUGCAACCUGUUGAUCUUUCAUUGUCUGUGAUUAAAAGUCAAUAAUUUUAACAGAGCAAAUAGGCUACUCCUGGCUCACAGGAACAGAGUUGACAGCAACCUAAGAACCAGAACAACAGAAAAUUGAGCAAAAUAUAUCUAACUUUAACGAAUCAUAUCAAGAUCUAAACUGACUUUACACUUCUAUUGGUUUAC